ACAAUCCUUAGCUUAACCCAAUGUAUACUAAGAUACUCCCACUGUAAUAACUUAAACAAACUGAAGCUGGACACAAAUCUCAGAUCAUCUUUUUGUUUUUUACUAACUUCACACACACACACACACACAGCUCUACAGCUUAUUACAUAACAUAAAUAAAGCUCAGAUUCAUCAUGUUAUGUUCACUUAUCAGAUCAUACAAAUAAAAAUAGUUUAAAUAUAGUUUGUAAGAAGGGAAGAGGUAAUGGAGAGCUACUUGAACGAUAAUUUCGGGGAAGUGAAGGCGAAAAACUCGUCAGAAGAAGCGUUACAGAGAUGGAGGAAGCUGUGCUGGCUUGUUAAGAAUCCUAAACGGAGGUUCCGGUUCACUGCUAAUCUGUCCAAGCGGUUCGAAGUUCGGGCUAUUCAGCGGUCUAAUCAAGAGAAACUCAGGGUUGCGGUUUUGGUUUCACAAGCUGCACUUCAGUUUAUUCAUGGCAUAGCAUAUAAAAUACCAGAGGAUGUGAAAGAUGCAGGUUUUGAUAUCUGUGCGGAGGAGUUGGGAUCUAUUGUUGAAGGACAUAACAAGAAGAAGCUGAAACUUCAUGACGGGGUUGAUGGUAUUGCAAGCAAGCUUGCCACAUCAGUUACUGAUGGGAUCUCUACUUCAGAACAGUUGCUUAACAAGAGGAGAAAAAUUUACGGAGUUAAUCAAUUCACGGAAAGCCCAGCUAAAGGAUAUUGGAUUUAUGUCUGGGAAGCACUGCAGGAUAUGACACUGAUGAUACUUGCCUUCUGUGCAUUAGUUUCUCUGAUUGUUGGUAUAACGAUGGAGGGAUGGCCUAAGGGUGCACAGGAUGGGCUUGGGAUUGUUGCAAGUAUCCUGUUGGUAGUAUUUGUGACUGCCACUAGUGACUAUAAGCAGUCAUUACAAUUUAAAGAUUUAGAUAAAGAGAAGAAAAAAAUUACAGUUCAGGUAACCAGAAACGGGUUCAGGCAAAAGAUGUCGAUUUAUGACCUUUUGCCUGGUGACAUUGUUCAUCUUGCAAUUGGCGAUCAGGUCCCAGCAGAUGGACUUUUUGUUUCGGGAUUUUCACUGUUGAUAGACGAGUCAAGUUUAACAGGUGAGAGUGAGCCAAUUAAUGUAUGUCUUGAGAAUCCCUUUCUCCUGUCUGGAACCAAAGUACAGGAUGGUUCGUGCAAAAUGCUUAUUACUACAGUUGGAAUGAGGACCCAGUGGGGUAAAUUGAUGGCUACUCUUAGUGAAGGUGGAGAUGAUGAGACCCCAUUACAGGUUAAACUUAAUGGAGUUGCAACUAUUAUCGGGAAAAUAGGUCUGUUUUUUGCUGUCAUUACUUUUGCUGUAUUGGUGCAAGGAUUAUUUUCCCAUAAAAUGCAAGAAGGGUCACACUGGAGCUGGUCUGGUGAUGAUGCUCUGGUGAUCCUUGAAUACUUUGCUAUUGCAGUUACAAUUGUUGUGGUUGCGGUUCCUGAGGGGUUGCCUUUGGCUGUGACACUUAGUCUUGCUUUUGCUAUGAAAAAAAUGAUGAAUGAUAAGGCACUCGUCCGCCAUUUGGCAGCUUGUGAGACCAUGGGAUCUGCCACAAACAUUUGUAGUGACAAGACUGGGACACUGACCACCAACCACAUGACUGUUGUAAAAGUCUGUAUAUGUGGGCAAAUCAAAGAGGGAGGUGUCUCCAUAAAAUCUUCGGCAUUUAGCGAUGGUGUUCCUGAUUUUGCCUUAAAGAUGCUAAUUGAGUCCAUUUUUAACAACACUGGGGGCGACAUAGUAAAAAAUGCAGACAAGAAUAUUGAGAUCCUAGGAACACCCACUGAAACUGCUCUUUUGGAAUUUGGCCUCUUGCUUGGUGGUGAUUUCCAAGCAGCACGGAAAGCAUCAAAGUUGGUGAAAGUUGAGCCAUUUAAUUCUGAGAAAAAACGGAUGGGGGUAGUAUUAGAGCUUCCUGGGAGACAUUUCCGGGUCCACUGCAAAGGUGCUUCUGAAAUUGUACUAGGUGCAUGCGACAAGUUUAUAAAUUCUGAAGGGGAGAUUGUUCCUCUGGAUAGGAAAACCUUCAAUCAUCUGUCCACGACAAUUGAAAACUUUGCAAAUGAAGCUCUCCGAACUCUAUGCCUUGUUUAUAAGGAUUUGGGAAGUGAGUUUCCUGCAGAAAGUUCUAUUCCCUUUGAUGGGUAUACUUGUAUAGGAAUUGUAGGUAUUAAGGAUCCAGUUCGUCCUGGUGUCAAGGAGUCUGUUGCGAUAUGUAGGUCAGCAGGAAUUACGGUGAGAAUGGUUACAGGCGACAACAUAAACACUGCAAAGGCUAUUGCAAGAGAAUGUGGAAUUUUGACUGAUGGUAUAGCAAUUGAAGGACCAGAUUUUCGAAUGAAGAAUGAGGCAGAGUUGCAUGAACUUAUUCCCAAAAUUCAGGUGAUGGCUCGAUCUUCACCAUUGGAUAAGCACACCUUAGUGAGACAUUUGCGAACCACAUUUCAGGAGGUUGUUGCGGUAACGGGUGAUGGUACAAAUGAUGCACCCGCACUGCAUGAAGCAGAUAUAGGUCUUGCAAUGGGAAUAUCUGGAACUGAGGUUGCCAAAGAGAGUGCUGAUGUUAUUAUUUUAGAUGAUAAUUUCUCCACAAUUGUAACCGUAGCCAAAUGGGGACGCUCAGUUUACAUAAAUAUACAAAAAUUUGUCCAGUUUCAGCUGACAGUGAAUGUGGUUGCUCUGGUGGUCAACUUUUCUUCAGCCUGUUUGACGGGAGAGGCUCCACUCACUGCUGUUCAACUUCUUUGGGUCAACAUGAUCAUGGAUACACUAGGAGCACUUGCAUUAGCCACUGAACCUCCAAAUGAUGAGUUAAUGAAGCGAGCACCAGUUGGAAGGAAAGGGAAUUUUAUCAGCAAUGUGAUGUGGAGAAAUAUCUUUGGGCAGUCUUUGUAUCAGUUCAUUGUAAUAUGGUAUCUCCAGACAGCAGGAAAAGUGGCCUUCCAUCUAGAUGGUCCAGAUUCAGAUUUGAUUCUGAAUACACUUAUUUUCAACUCGUUUGUCUUUUGUCAGGCCUUCAAUGAGAUCAGUUCCAGAGAAAUGGAGAAGAUAAACGUCUUUGAAGGCAUUUUGAAAAACUAUGUUUUUGUGGCUGUACUAUCUUGCACGGUCAUCUUCCAGAUAAUUAUUGUUGAAUACCUGGGCACAUAUGCUAACACUUGCCCACUCAGUUUGGAGCAGUGGUUCGCAAGCAUUGUUUUUGGAUUCCUUAGUAUGCCCAUUGCUGCAGCUGUGAAGCUGAUACCGGUGGGAUCAAGUUGAACUUUGGGAACAAAUUAAACGGAUCUUUAGUUCUGGUCCAAUUUUUGCAGAUUGUUAGAAGGUUGGUAAUUUAGCAGCAAGCCAGUAAAGUUGAAGCUGAACAAAAUACAAGGCUGAAGAUAUCAUGCGAUGUUCCUACUUGCUAUUGAAGAGCUGUCGCAAUUUGUUGCCAUGUUUCACACUCCUGCAAUAUAUUCAGUGACAUGCUAUCAGCAAUGUCCUAAACAGAAAAGUUAAACGAGAACGGGUGAAAUUUUGAUUGAUAAAAUUGAAUUAACAGUAAGAUGUCCUCGGUGAAGCUGGUUUGUUCCUCAUAUCUGCCUUAAUUUGCAGACUUACUUGUCUCUAUAUUCACAUUAUAUAAUUAUAUAAUUCUUUAA